CAACAAGCGCGAUAACUCCCCGGCUUAUCGUGCCCCCGUUCAAUUCAGGCCUUAUAAACAGGUUCCCUGCACAAAUUAUCAGUGGUGCCAGUCGGUCAGAUCGUUCAGUCUCGCGCACUGUCCAAAGGUCAACACAAAACGCAAUGGACAUCAGGAAUGUUCUGGUGGCGGACGCCGUCGAUGAAGCCUGCGUGGCUCUUCUUCAGCGCCAUUCCAUCCAAGUGGAUUGCAAGUACAAACUAUCCAAAGAGCAGCUGAUCCAGGCGAUCCAGAAUUAUGACGCCAUUGUGGUGCGGUCCGACACCAAAGUGGGUGCCGAAGUGAUCCAGGCCGGGUCCAGACUGAAGGCCAUCGGCCGAGCGGGCGCUGGGGUGGACAACAUCGAUGUAAACGCCGCCACUGCCCGAGAUGUGGUAGUUCUAAACACUCCCGGCGGCAACGCAAUCAGCGCCUGCGAGCUGACUUGUGCGCUGAUCGCUAACUUAGCGCGCAACGUGGCAGCGGCUAGCGCCUCGCUGAAGGCGGGCCGAUGGGAUCGCAAGCUCUAUGCAGGCCGGGAGCUCAGCGGCAAGACGCUGGCCAUUAUCGGGCUGGGGCGCAUCGGCAAAGAGGUGGCGCUCCGCAUGCAGGCCUGGGGCAUGACGACCAUCGGCUUCGACCCCAUCGUGACUCCCCAGGAGGCCCAACAGUUCAACGUCCAGUACUUGGAGCUGGACGCGCUGUGGCGGCGCGCCGACUACAUCACUGUGCACACGCCCCUCAUCCCAGCCACUAGAAAUUUGAUCAACGCCCAAGUGCUGGGCAGCUGCAAGAAGGGCGUCAAGGUGAUCAACGUGGCCCGCGGCGGGAUAGUGAACGAGGGCGACCUGCUGGCCGCCCUCAAGUCUGGCCAGUGUGGCGGAGCCGCCGUCGAUGUGUACGAACAGGAGCCGCCCACGAACCCCGUGACGCUCGAGCUGAUCGCCCACGACAAAGUGGUGGCGACGCCGCAUCUGGGCGCCAGCACUGCGGAGGCCCAAGUGCGGGUCGCCGUUGAGGUGGCCGAGCAGCUGAUUGCGCUUACGGGGCGCAGCCCCGAGUACAAGUCCACAUCGGGGGUCAUUAACCGUGCUGUUUUGGAAAAGCUCACAACAGCCUAAUGUAAUAAUAAUAAACACCUUUUCCAAA